AUGGAACACAUCUAUAUUGCAUCAUUAUUUUUAUUACAUGUAUCUCAAGAACCAUUAUUUUAUCAUCCAAUGUGUAUUAAUUUGCAACAUGAAACACAACUUAAAAUUAAAUCAUUUCUUGAAAUGGUUAUUCCAUAUGGUAAAAAUAUAAAUAGAGAAAUAUUAAGAGAAAUAAUUACUGAAGUAGAAACUGAUAUACCAAAAACACCUGUAACACUAAGAAAAAAAACUCUUAAGGAUUUUUUUAAUUCUCCUGUAACAUGGUCUGCUCAAACUCAUAAAUUAUUGAAUGAAAAAAAUAAAGAAUUGAGAAUGUUGAAAACUGAAUUAGAAGUAGAAAGAUUUGAAAAAGCUGAUUUACAGGAGGAUUUACGAAUUCAACAGAAUAAAGUACAAAAUCUACAAAAAAAAUUAGAAGAAAAGACUGUGGAAAUAAAAGCAUUAAAAGAAGAAAAAAUUAAACCAAAUACACCACAAUCUUAUCAUUUAGAAGAUCAAUUAAUACAAAAACAAUGUGAUAUAGAUAAACUUGAAGCAAAUAAUGAUACUUUAACAAAAAAAUUAACAUGUAUAGAAAUGCAAUACAGAGAAUUGAUAAAUUUAAGAAUGACUAAUGAAGAAUUGCGCAUUCAUUUAAAAGAACUUAGUAAAACAGCAUUUGAAGAACAAAGUUUUGAAAUAGAUGGAAUAGUACCUCUACAGUUAUCUUCAACAUCUUUAAAUACCAGUGAAGUUUUAAGUUCUGUAAUUGAUAUUCAAUUACAAGAAGCAAAAGAAGAAUCUAUUUCAUUAAAGGCACAAUUAAAUGCAGUAAAUGAAAAAUUGGAAUCCAUAACUCAAGAAUAUGAAGAUCAAUUAAAUAUAGAAGUGAAAUUAAAACAAGAAACAUUAGAAUUUGUGCAAAAUGAAUUUGAAAAUUUAUCAAAAGAAACAAUUGCAUCUAAAAUAAAAUUAAAAGAAAUAAUUAUGAAUCUGCAGGAAGUAAGAAGCAAUCAAGAUGCAGUUUUAAAAACACAAGAGAAAACUUUAAAAGAAAAAUGUUUACAAUUAGAACAAUUACAAAAAGAAUUCAAUGAUUCAAAGGAAAUAGUUUAUAAACAACUUGAAAAUAAAAAAUUAUUAUGUCAAAGUCUUCAAGCUGCAAAUUUUGAAUUACAAACAGAAUUUUAUAAACAAACAAAAACAAUAGAAGAAUUGCAACAAAUAAUAAAAAAAGAAAGAGAUGAGCUUAAUAAAAGUAAGGAAUAUUGUAAACUUGAAGAUAUAAAAAAAUUAAAAAUUAUACAAGAUUGUGAAAAAUUACAACAUUCUAUAAAUGAUUUAAAAUCAAUAAUUACAGAAGUAAAUAUAAAGAAUGAAAAUUUUUAUGUUGAUACUACAUAUAAUAUACAAAAUAUAAAUAAUGAUGAUAACAUUGAAAAUAUUUUAAAAAUUAUAAAAACAUCCAUUAAUGAAAUACAGACAUCACGUAAAUUAAUUUUAUUUCUUUCAGACGAAAAUACAAAUUUAAAUAAAACUUUAAAAAAUCAAAAAGUAAUUGUAGAUAAUUAUGUUACAAAAUGUGAAGAAAUCAAAUUGUUAAAAACUAAAGUUCAAGAAUUAACUAAUUUACAAGAAAAAUAUGAGCAAUAUGUAAAUAAUUUUAUCGAGAAUAAGAAAUCAUUAAAAGAUUCUUUAAAAAAUAUUAUAAAAUCAAGAGAAGAUCUGGAUAUAUCUUUAAAUGAAUUAAAACAAAAAUGGGAUAAUGUAUUAAUAAAAUCUACUAAUGUUUUUAUAAUAGAUAAUUUUGUGUGUGAUGAAUUAAAGCAUAUACAAAACAAAAAAAUAUAUCUAGAAAAUAUAUUAUUUAAACAUCAUAUUUAUCAUUUUCAAAAUAUAAAACCUUUACAAAAUAUUUUAUGGGAUUCAUUUUUAUGGUCUAAACAAAAAAUAGAAGAUAUUUAUUUGAAAACAAAAAGUGAACAAACAAUAGAUAUUUCAUCAGAUAUUUUCUCUAAUGAAAAAACAAUAAUAGAAGCAGAAUUACAUAAAAAUAAAACAUUGCAAAAAGAUAUUGUUCAAUUACAGAAUGAAAUAGAUGAUUUUUCAAAAUUAGUUAUUUCUUUUGAAAAUAAUUUUAAAUUUAAUGAAAUAAAAUUCCAAUCUGAAUCAGAGAAAAAAUUACAGUUGCAAAUUAAUAAAUUAAAAGAAGAUAAAAGUAAUUUAGAAAGUAAAUUAGAUUGUACAUGCAUAAAAAAUGCAAAAUUGGAAGACGAUAUUGAUGAACUUAGCAAUAAAAUACAAGAAAUGAAAAUAUCAUUAAAGGAAGUAGAAGAGUUAAAUAAAGAAUUGAUACAAUUAAAAGAACAAAAUUCAAAAUUACAAGAAGAAAAGAAUGAAUUAUGCAAGCGACCAAAAAAGGAGGAUAUUGAUAAUCAAUUAAAAGAUAUUCAUGAUAAAUAUAAAAUUAAAGUAGAUGAAAUUAAACAAAAUAUGAAAACAGCAUAUAAUGAACAAAUAACAAAGCUAAAUAAAGAACAAGAACAAUGUGUACAGGAAAGAUUGGAGUUACUACAAAAAAAAAUGGAAUUACAAUGUCGCAAACAAGCAGAUGAAUUAAAUAAAUACAAAGCUCAUGUUGCUAACAUGAGUUCACAGCUUUGGAAUGUUGGAGAGAAAUUAUUAAAUGAACAGCAAGAAAAGGAAAAAUUACAAAAGAAAUUAACUGAAUUGAAAACUAAAUAUCAAGAUUUGGAUCAAAAACUCGUUUCUUUAAAAGAAUAUAAAAAUUUAAAAUGUGAAAAAAAAGAUUUAUUAGGAGAAAAUAAAGAUAUUUUACAUAAAAUUUCAAUAAUAGAAGAAAAAACAACAUAUGAAAGAAAAUAUAGUAUUAGGAAUAUACAAACAAUGGGUAAUGCAUUUAAUGCGGAGGAUGAAGAAGGAGAAGUAUUUGAUAAUAUUUAUUUAGCUGAUAUAAAAGAUGAUAAUUCUUCAUGCGGCAUUGAUACAGAUAGAUUAUCUAUUUUGAAAAAAAGAAAUGCUCUUUGCAAACCUCAUUUAAAAUCAUCUUAUCCAGCGGAAAUGCAAUUUCAUCCUCUACCAUUUACAGAAGAAGAAAUUAAAUCAGGUUCAGUCCCAGAUGAAAUAUUUAAUGAUAGUUUAAGUCAAAGUUUACUUCCUGAACAAAAAACUAAGAAAAAAGAUAGAACACAGACAUCAUAUAAAAAACCUGGUCCUCCAACUCCUAGUAAAAAUGGAGGGAGAUUAUCAUUACAGGGUAAUGAAUUAAGAAGUCCAAGUUCAAGAAUAUUAAGAGAAAGAAACAAAGAUAGAGCAACGACUACGCCACGCACAUUGAAAAAUUUAUUCCUUUCACGACGUCAAGAUGAAAAUGUUAUUGUUACACCAAGAGGUCGUAGAAGAAGUAGCAUUUUCCGUAAAUAUCGUAAUGUAAAUGAUAGAUAAGUAAUCAUAUAUGUAAUAUAAAAUAUUUACUAACAAUAAUUAAUAUUAAUUGUAAAAAAAUGUAUUUUCUUUAUGCUUUUCACAUCAGAUUAUAUAAUAAUUGUAUAAUAGUAAAAGUAAAAUAUAAUAUAAUAAUAAAAAGUAUAGAAUAUAACAGGAAAA